UUUCGCGUCUGGCAAACCCAUUCAGUCCUUCUCACGACACGACACGACCGCGUCGAGAAACUCGCCGAGGAAACUUGGCUCGUUCGAGAGAGAAAAAGAAAGAGAUAGAUAGAUAGAGAGAUAGAUAGAAAGAUAGAGGAUAGAUAUAGAUAGACGGAAAGAGAGAAAGAGAGAGAGAGAGAGAGAGAUAUGUAUAUAUAUAUAUAAGAAGAUAUAUAAGUGGUCGUGUUGAUUCGAGCGUUACGGAAUCAAAGUGACAACUCUCCGUCGUUGGGAUUCUAGAACGGUGAUCUUACGAGAGUUGCAAGACUGUUAGAUACGUCGUCUCAUCUUUAUCGUCUACCCUCGAGAAAUUUGACGAACGUUCGUUCUACUUGGAAACGCGACUCGUGAGAGUGAAGAAAUCACGAGAAGACCGCGACCGAGACGGCAGACCGAAAGUACUUCGUGAAAUCUGAUGAACGUGAAUCCAUUCGGAAAAUUAGAAUCUAAUCGUGUUAGACACUCGAUCAUAACUUUAUACGAGAAAGCAGGACGUCGUUAUGCGAUUAUGGCCUGUUGAUAAAUCGAAAAGAUCGAUCGAAGCAUCAGUUGGAAGAAGAUGGUCUAUAGAGGUAGCUUGCAAACCGACGAUCCAAGAGAUGCACCGAAAUUGGUCAGAAUGUCGCCACUUAGAACAAGCAGACCGAACGGUCCAGUUUCUAAUACUUAUGGAACCGCAAUGGGAAUUAAAAAUACGUAUCAUGGAGCAUACAUCGGCCCUAUCGAUGCGAAUCGUGCGAAACUUAUCGAGGAGAGAAGAUUGGGUCGUGAGAGGGAUAUCGAAUCGGUUGAAAAGGUGAUAAUGAGAACUACGGGAAUGAAAAUCGGUGCACCGAAAUUGCGUAAUAUCAGUCAAAUUCGAGAAAGCGUGUUCGUCGAUCCAGCGUUACUGCCUAUGGAUCAAAUCGGUAAAUCCGACGUGAGAUGUCGUCCGAAAACUAUAGCGAUUGGAUUAGAGGAGUCUAACGUUAGGGUCGCCAGGGUACAGAGUUCCAUGUUGGCCGAUCUGAAGGAUCUCGAAAGACUCCGGAACACACCGCCGUCUCAAAGAAAUAUUAAAACUACGAAGAAAUUGGAUAAAAACGAGACGAGAUCGUCUACGUCUAAUUUAAAGAAAAAUCCGUCGGGUAAUUCUGCGAAAAUACGAUCGGACAUUAUGAGAAUACAACAGAUGUUCCAGAUACCAGAUAAUAAUACCAAACCGACGUUGAGGAAUACUCAAGAGAGGAAGUCGAGGGUCGAGCUCGAGAAGGAUGAUAAAAAGUUUACUGGCGAGAUCAACAGGACACGUUUGCUGGCCCAAAAGCUCUUGGAGGCGUCUCGAAAUAACCGGGAUGCCUUGAAGGAUCGUUACGGUAAUACCAAGAACGCAUCCUCGAACAAACAACAUCAGACGAGGGAAGUUAAUGGUAAAGUCCCGUGUAAGCAGACUACCAACCAACAGAAUAACGUUGACUCCAGGCAAACCAAAACGGAGAGAAUCGAAACGAGUUUGAACGAACCGCAACCACGUCCACCGUUACGUAAGAGAAGAGACUCGAGGAAUCGGGUUAAUGACAAUACCAACGUUAAUCGUACGGUGGAAGAUAAAAACGAUAUUACGAGAGAAAUAAUCGACGAUAAAAAAGAUACAUCGGGUUAUUCGAGCGAACGCGAAUAUAAUGCCGUCCAAGUGAACUCGAUUGUUGGACAAGGGUUGGAAAGGCCGGACAUAUUGGACGGACUUUUGAAGGAGUCCGAUCAACAAAUGGCGAACUUGAAGACGGAUUUGUUAGGGGACAGAGGAAGAUCGAGGAGUCAUUGGAGAGGAUUCGUACAAUCGAUGAGGCUGCACGACGUUGAGUUGCAUUCGGAUAGCGAGGAUCAACGAAAAGACCUUAACCUGUGGAACAAGAGCAUCAGUCAACGUUGGAGAAAACUUAGGAGACGAUGUUCCGUACAGGAAACAUCGGAGCCACAGGAGUCGUUGAUCCCAGGUGGUGGAGCUCAAGGUGUCAUUCAUACCGUGAGAUCGACCCCGGCUAGCAGAGAGGCCUCACCGGCUGCCAAAAGUCUUCAGGAUGGAAGUUCACCGAAGAAACUUUUGCAAACUAGUUCUCUCAGAUUGCCAGGUACUACCAAAGGCAUUGCGGAUAUACAGAACGUACUAAGAAGCAAGUUCAGUAAGAUAAAUGCUGGAAUUAGAAAAAGAAAGGCACUUAGCGUGACGGAGGUAUUUUCGCAAAAGGACAAUGCCUCGAAUUUCUACGUUCCGAGUCCGUUGACUUCCUCGACGAGUCAAAGUUUCGAUUCGGAACGUUUCGAUACGAGCGAGCCUACGUCCUUACCGCCUUAUCCUUUUCACGAUACCUUAGAGACCCUGGCGGAAACGAGUGUACCGAAUUCACCCAACUGCAAGAGUCCUUUGGCCGAUGGUUGUCCAAGUUUCGCGUAUUGCGAGAAUACCGGUUCUUACGAUCAUCAAUUUCACGAACAGGAUAAAAAGGACGUUUACGAGAACAUGGUGUUCAAUAAUUCUUCGUCUACUUCGUCGACUAGGUCAAAGGUAUCUCUUUAUCGGAGCAAUUCAGAAAGUCGAGACAAUGUCAGAUCUCAGGAUCAUUCGUACGAGAACGUACGUUAUCACAGAGGACAAAGAUCGGAAGUUGGGUCCCCUGGAAGUCCUUAUUGCGAUAGGCAAACUCUAGCAAGAAGUAAUUCCGAGACAAGAGGCGAUCAUCAUUGUUACGAGAACGUAAAUUUUCAGAAAAACGGAAAGAUUAGAAAUCAGUUGGAUUCGUCCUUCGAGACGAUUCAUAUACCUAGAGUAACGCCCAGAAAAAGAAUCACGGAUUUCAAGGUUGGCGGACAAGUUAGUAAUUAUUCGACCGAUUCGAGCGCCACCUCUAUCGUUGGCAAAGACGAUGGACCCUCCAGUCUUGGGACCGAGAGGAGUCCUGGUAAAAAACCGACGAGGAGGUUGAACAGUCGAAGCGUGGCUAACAUCCCUAGCUCCUCUGGUGCUAAUUUAAAGACAUGGCAAGGCGCUCAGGAUACGGACGAAGGUCUGAACACGGACUCCGAAUUGGAGGACAUCGACGAGGCUGGGGAAGGUGAAGAAUCAAGAUUCUGUACAUUACCUAGGCCUGGUAAAGGUGGUGCAUCCUUUACGAUAUUGACAGCCAGAUUUUUCAAAGGACCUGGCCACAAAGGACUCGGUUUCAGCAUCGUUGGUGGUACCGAUAGUCCGCGUGGAAACAUGGGAAUUUAUGUCAAAACUGUAUUCCCUAAUGGCCAAGCUGCUGAUCUUGGAACUGUCAAGGAAGGGGACGAAAUUUUGUCAAUAAAUUCGAAACCUCUUCACGGGAUGACACAUGCCGAGGCUAUUGCUGAAUUCAAGUCCGUCAAGGCCGGAGACGUGGUACUUCAUGUUGGUCGUCGUGUUAACAAGAAAAAAAGAGAAUCUUUGACGUUACCUCCGGUUGGUCCAUCGGCGUCUCGACAACCAAUCAAAUGAACAAAAAAUUUCCUUAAAUUUUAUUCUCUCCUUCUUUUAUUUAAAUGUCGAGAUGUUUAGCGAUAUUAAUUUCCUUUCCUCUUUUCUUUCUUCUCUCCAUUUCUUUUCUUUUCCUUUUUCUUUAUACUUUUCCUUUUUUAAGAUCAUAGAGAAACUUUUUUCGAAGGGCAUUCUUUUUCUCUUCUUUUCUUUCUCCUUUUUUUUUUUCAUUUAUUACUUUUUACUUUUGUAUUUUUUAUUAUUUCUUUUUUUCUUUUUCUUUUUCAAAUCGUACAAAGAGCAAUACUUUUGUAUUAUUAUUGCUGGCAAUAAUAGAAAUAUGCCCUUGUUAACAGGACAAAUAUGUGUGUGUAUACAUAUAUAUAUAUAUACAUAAAUAUAUAUGUAUAUAUAUAUAUUUUUUUAUUGAUGGAGCAACGAGACUGCAAUUUUUGCAGGUUGGAAGACUGUAUGUGUGUUUUUAUUAAUCUUAUUCGAAUAUAAGCUUUCUUUUUUCUUCUCUUUUCCUUUUUUUCUUUAUUUUUUUUCUUCUUAAGCGCGUUCAUCCAAGAUUCUCGUAAUUGAAACAUACUCUUCAUUGUUCUAAAACACUGACGCUCUCUUUCUACGUCCUCUUUGUUUUUCGUUGAUUUUCUUAUGAAUCAUUCGUUCGAUUAAUUCGAUGAUUAUAUUCUAUGCGAUAUAAAUGUCUCUAGAUGAUUCAGAAUAUUAUUACAACGUGAUUAGAUUAAUAAUAAUAACGAAUGCAAACGAUAAAAACCAAACUGACGAACAAAAAGAGAAAAAAAGAAGAAAAAAGAAAAAAAAUUAUAUAAAAAAAAAAAAACAGCAAAUCAAACUAUGAUAAAGGCAUAUAAUCAUUUCGAAAAACAUUGGUGUAAUGGUCAUAUUUAUAUUAUAUAUAUCGUCUAUUAUAUUCGGAAUAAUUAACGAAAUCAAAGUAAGUACAUAAGAAUCGAAAAUCGAAAUUUAUAAAGGAACUAUUUCUCUCUGUCUGUCUCUCUCUCUCUCUCUCUCUCUCUCUCUCUCUCUCUCUCUCUCUCUCUCUCUCUCUCUCUCUCUCUCUUUCUUUCUGUAUCUCUUUCACUGUCUUUUUCUGUCUCUUUCUCUGUCUCUUUAUAAACAGGAAGGACCAAAAGUCAUUGGAUGGAACAAAAGUUUCUAAUCGAUAAAUAUAAAAAUCAAUUACUCCUUUUCCAAACUUUUCAGACUUAUUUUUUAUUUUUUUAUAUUGCAAAAAUGCCAAAUCCAGUGAUUGUAAAAGCUACAAUCCAAAGUACGAGUCUUGAAAGUCUUGAAAUGUAGUAAUUGAUUGUUAAAAAAUCGUGCAAGAACUUUUGACCUUAAAACCUAUGAUCUUUCCCUUGGACCAUCCUAUAUUUUUUAUCUAGUAUAUGUAUAGCUCUACUACACAUAUAUAUAUAUAUAUAAACAAACACACACACAAACAUAUCUUCCGGAUCAAUAAGAUAGUAAACGUUCUCGAUCGUUCUCAGGGCAAUCGUAAACAUCUUGAGAAAAAGAAAAACCACAUUUCGACGCGAAGUUUCAAUGAGUGAAACGAAACUUUAUCUUUUCGAAUUAUGCGAAAGAAAAAAAUGAAAUGUUCGAUUUGUCGAUCCUGUAAAAUAAUUAACAAACUGUAGUUUAUCCUUUUAUAUUUCUUUUAUUUUUCUUUUUUUUUUUUUUUACUUAUAAGGAAAGACAUCGAAGAGAUCGAUUUUUCUUUUUUUUUUUUAUAUUACGUAUUAAAAAGAUUCGCGAAGAGAUUAUUAUUUUUCGAUGACGUUUUUUCGGAGGCGACGGAAGUGAUGAACGAAAAAAGAAAAGGAAAAGAAAAAAAAACAGAAAAAAAACAAAGAAAAUCCGCCACCUCAAAAAAAAAAGAAAAAGGAAAAGACAUAAAAAAAAAAUAAAGCAAUUUUUUCUAAUUAUAGCACAGCGUUUCCCCCUACGAGAGUCUGAUCGAAACAGGACAGAGUGCGUAUUAUCUCGUUCCAACAAAAAACGCUUGCAAAGUAAACUCACGCAACAUAUUAUACAUAUGUAUAUGCAAUAACUCUAUUGAAUUUAUUUUCUAACGGUUAGAUUACGCAAAGAUCGCCCAAAGAUGAAACCCAAAAAAUAUUUUUAUUACGAAUGGAAAUAAUAUGAAAAGAGAGAAGAAAAUAGCGUAUAAAAGAAUGAAAGAAAAAGAAAUGAACAAAAAAAUAUCUCUAUAUAUAUAUGUAUAUAUAUAUAUAUUUAUAUUAUAUAUAUAUAUAUGUAUAUGUAUAUAUAUAUAUAUAUACAUAUAGUAUAUUAUAUAUGAAAUAUAUUUUAAUGCUGAUCGAACGAGACACGUUUAUUUUAAGACGAAAUGUUGUUAGUAUCUAGUCCACUUGUAAUUAUUCCGUUUCGAAAUCUCUUCUUUUUUAUAUGCAUAUAUAUAUAUAUAUAUAUAAUUAUGGUGUGUAUAUAGAUAUAUAUAAUUACAAUAUAUAUGUAAAAUAUAUAUUUAAUAUAUAGAAUAUAUAUAAUAUAUAUAUAUGUAAUUAUAUAUUUCUUAUAUACAUAUACUUUCCAAGAAGUGUAAUAGCAUAAUCGAUCGAAUAUCGUUUAUAGGAUUAAGGCGUCACCAUUGAGAAAAAAAUAAAAAAGAAAAAAAAAAAGAAGAAAAUUAAUUUUUCAUGAAAACAUUAUUUUCGUGAAAGUUCUCGUGUGCUUUGUGAUUCGAUAACGGGCGUUAGUUGUAAUUAGUAAGUACAUGUACUUCGUUUUUAGCAAUAUGUACAAUUUAUUCGUCCUACCUUUCUUUUUUCUUUUCCUCACUAUUUAUAGACGACGAUUAUAAUAAUACAAAGGCGAGGGAGGAAAUAAAGGUUAGAGAUAUUGCAUUGUCUUCCGAAUAAAAAAAAAAAAAAGAGAGAAAAAAAAUAGAAAAAGAAAGCAAAAAAAGAAAGAAAGAAAAGAACACGACGAUCCUUUUAAAAAAAAAUUAUUGAUAGAUCGUUCUUUCAACAUACCAAUAAUAAUCAAACAAUAGAAAGUCUAUAUAUAUAUAUAUAUAAAUGUAUGUAUAUAUGUGUGUAUAUACAUAUAUGUAUAUACGCAUAAAAAAUUUUUAUUUACUUUUUCAUAUCCCACGUUCGACUUAUUUUUACAGUGCGAGAACCGGAGGUGGGUUUUGUGACAGAAAUAAGGAUAUAUCAUGUGUAUAUAUAUAUAUAUAUAAUAUAUAAUAUAUAUAUAAUAUAUAUAUAAUAUAUAUAUAAUAUAAUAUAUAUAUAUAUAAGAUAUUCAAUCAGAUCUACUAUGUGUGAACGAAAAAAGAAAAAAAAAAAGAAAAGAAAAAAAUAAAUAAAAAGAGAAAAAAAAUGAACAAACGAAAGGAACUCAAUCGAGUGUUAUAAUCUAAUAAUAUUCGUACGAGUACGAUAAAACGUUAUAUUGUAUUUUCUACUUAACAAAUGGUGUCAAAAGAAAUAAAUAAUUCAUAAUAAAAAUAAAAAUAUACACACA